AACCGCUCCUAUACUACAAAGGCACUCCCCGAUUGCUUCUUCGUUUACCUCGUCUUCCCCCUCCUGUCACACUACAAAGCUGCCCAUCAUGUCGAACGCCGCCCCGACUCUGAUCAAUCUCCCGCCCCCUCCCUCGGAUCCUGUUACUCCCUCGGACAUGCCGGGCACUCCCAAUUCCACCACAACCUCUAUGUCUGAGCUCUCGACUGUUGCAAUCAAAGACGGCCAUCGCGGCCACUUCGCUCACCACCAUCACCCCCAGGACGCUGAGCGUGCCGACCGCAUCUCGCGUCUCGCCGGCCUCGAGCGUGUAACCGCAGGCCGCCAACCUGGGCUCAACGUCGGCGGCAUCCAGAGCACCAGCAACCAGCCUCCCGGCUACUUCGACCAGAACAACCAACCCCAAAUCUUCCGUGAGCGAAGCACAGUCGGCAGCGCAAGCGCGACUGGCAGUGUUGGCGGCCGCACCACAUGGGCGUCUGGCAGCGACGUCUAUGACCAGGACAAGAUGAGCAUGAGCGAGGACCAGGACAACGAAACCGGCAGCGUGGGCGGUAUGAGCGACGAGGCCAGCUUGGUUGGCUUCGGAGAGGGUGCCAGAACCCCAGCCAGACAGCAAAGCAAUUUUGGCAGCCCGGUCAUUGGAAAGGCCUCUAUUCCUGCGCAUCUCCGCGACCAGGCUCCCCCGAGUCCGAUGACCGGCGUCAGCAUCAGCAGUGCGGGGACUUCGCACACGACAACGAGUACUGAGCAGCAGAAGCAGGACGCGAGGAUGAUUGAUGGAAUGACGUACGACAACGACUUUGUUGACACGACCGGCCGCACUCCACCACAGACAGGAUAUUAUCCCGAGAAUACGGCUUCUGGUCGCAGCCCCACAGGUGCUGAGACUGCACAGCGCCUCUUCAGUGAGCACAUCGGCAACACUGGAGGUCGGAGCCAGGAAGCGUUGAGCGUAGACGAGAAGGGCCUGGGAAAGUUCCCAUUCGAGGGAAAGAAGUAGUCACUGCUGCGUCACUUCGGAUAUUCACCUUUCUGUUUACUAUGUUUAUCCCAGGGCGUUCGAUAUGGCGAUACUCCAGGCCCGAGAAACGGGAAGUGGCUACUUGUAUCUUUUAACCUGCGUCUCAGCUGGGUAGGAUUACGGCUCUCGGAUUUGCUGAGGGGCUAUGCGUGCUAUUGUGUUCAUCUGGUCUAGCUGGUCUGGUCUACUUUAUUAUGAGGUACUGAUACGAAUGAUUACAAGCAAC